CAGGUGCCAUUUCUUUUUGGAGUCACUGCCUUUGAGAAAGUUGCUGGCCAUGUGAUUCAUUUGAUAUUCAGAAGAACCGGGAGGCACCUCUUCUUAAGGGAUGAUGAUGAAGGGAAGCCCCCAUUGCUUAGACGCAUGGUAGAAGAUGAUGGUGAAUUGCAAUUCAUGUCUGCUUUGCGUUCAUUCGAGCGCCGGGUUUCUUAUUCAAAUGUUGCGAAUGAUCAUAUUGUUGGCUGGAGAACAUCAUGCAUAAGACGAAAUAGUGAACUGCCCAAGUGGGAAGAACCCUUGAAUGAGAAGUAUCCACAUGUUGUGUAUGAAGAACGGUGCAAAGCAAGUGAUGGUGAGCAGGGUGAUUCCAUUGUAAGGGAAGAUGAUAGUCAAGACAAGCUGGAAGAGGAAUUGGUGACUUUCUUAUCUCGUGUGUCAUGGGAGAAAGUAGAUGUCAGCUUCCAUAACAGCAAAAUUAAAUAUGCAGCUCAUAGUAUUAUCCAGGUAAAAGCCGAGAGUGUGCAUUCAGAAGGUGCAGACAUUAUACAACAUAUGAUUGAUCACUUUGUUCUCUAAAAGUCUCAAUUCUGAAAUGGAGGCCGUUCCCAGGUAUGUGCAUCAUCAAACAUGGGUGUCCUUUGGGUGCAAGCAAGGAUCAAGAUGCAAUAUCUGACUAUCUGUACAUCUGUCCGUAAGCUACAAAUUAAUGAAGCAGCUUAUGAGAGAUCUAAUGUAUUGCUUAUCAGCUUAUGUGCUGCAGUGUACAGAACACUUCAGUCUAACUAUUAAUCAGUUAUGUACCAGAUGUUACCACGUGAGUUGGUUUUUACAGAGGCCUUGCAUAUAUAAUUACUUCUAUGCAGGGAUGGAUUUAAGGGGGGCGCGGGGGCGAGUGCCCCUCUUGGACUUUCAAAUUUUUCUACUAUAUAUAUCGUAUUUUCAUAAAAUUUUCAUACUUUAAUUAGAUAUAUUUCGCCCACCUUGACUUUUAGUUUUCAAAGUUAAUAUAUAGUC